AUGUUUCUUUUCCUUUUUAUAAGGAGUCGAGCCGUAAUGGGUGUUGACCUUAACAAGGCAGCAGGUCUUUCGUUAGGUAUGAGGGUUUAA